GCUCCUUCGUUUUUAUUGCUAUUUUGUAACCAUUGCCUGGCAGUCUGUGAUCUACAGGCCAAACGGUCUUUUGCGUUUUGAAAGGGGGAGGAGAAUAUUCCCUCUCUUUUCCCGGUCGAUUUUGCGUUCUACCUCCCUGCGCAUUUUCCACUCGCCUCUAAUUUCCUGGUUCUCAAACGCAAUGUCACCGGAGGCGGAUGUGAGCGGAUCUCACAGGUGUGUCCCUUGCCAACUGAGCCAUAGCUCGAGAAGAAUCACACCUGGGAUCACCAUGUGAUCCCGUACCUGGGCGUGGAGAAAGUCCCGGACUCUUGUUGAGUUAUCCGUGUCGUCUUUCAGCAGGAAUUGUCAACCAGUGCCCCCUUGUAUUUUCUACUGAACAGUGCCUUUCUCUAACUCUCCGCGCUCUCGGGAAGAUAAAAUGUGAACUUUACAUGCAUUUUGCUUGGGGACUUAUUUUACAUUUUUAGGGGGACUUUGAAAUCUGGACAUCUCGUGUUAGUUUCAGGCAACUACUGUUCUUCCAAGCACUUAUUUACUGUGGCCACCCUGAAGAGGCCUGAAUGAAAAGGAGAGCGGACGACGAGGGGAUAUGAUUGUGCACUUCCUGCUCGGCAACUACAGGAAGUAAUUGAGCUCUAUAGGAAAGAUGGCGAGCUGGGUCCAGGCCGCUCCUCUCCUCCCCCUGCUCCUCCUGUUCUGCCUGUCUGCAGCCGGGGGCCCGCUGCAGGAGGAGGCGGUCCUGGACUUCCCCUCCAAAACGCCCAUCAACAACGUGGUGCAGGACCCUCGGAGCGGCCGCGUCUACCUGGGCGCCGUCAACACCAUCUACCAGCUGGACGCAGCGCUGCGCGAGGAGGCCCGCGCCGAGACGGGCCCCAGGGAGGACGCCCGCACCUGCACCCCGCCCGUCUCGGCCUGCCAGGACACCAAGCCCAGCCCUAACGUCAACAAGCUGCUGCUGGUGCACCCGGCCAACGGCUCGCUCAUCGUCUGUGGCUCCCGCUACCGGGGUAUCUGUUCCCUCCUCAACCUGACCAACGUGGAGCAGCAGCUGUACUACAGCGACUCGAAGGGAGAGAGGACCUACGUGGCGAGUAUUGAGGACGGGGUGGCCGUGGUGGGCGUCAUGUCUACGUACAUUAAAGACGGCAACGCCUUCAAUGUGUUUCUGGUGGGGAAGGGCUACGGCAGCCUGGACAGCUCCAAGCUCAUCAGCACGCGCAUCCUCCAGGACUACCGCGACUGGGUGGUGUUCGAGAGCAUCGUCGAGGCGUCCACCGUGCAGGCCACACCCUUCGUGCCCAAGUACCUGCACGACUUCCGCCACGCCUUCAAAGAGGAGGGCUUUGUCUACUUCCUGUUCUCCAGGACCAUGGGAAGCACCGACAACAAGAACUUCACCUUCGUGUCUCGGCUGUGUGAGGACGACCCUCACUACUACUCUUACACAGAGCUGCAGCUGAACUGUGGCCCGGGGAACAGGUACAACAAGGUGCAGGCAGCCUAUGUGGCGUCCCCAGGUAAAGAGCUGGCCCGGGGGAUGACCGAGUCGGGCCAGUAUGGUCAAGUACUCCCCUGGCACAAGGUGUUGUUCAUGGUGGCCAGUCCCUACGAUGACAGCGCUGACUCGGCCCUGUGCAUGUACCCUCUAAAGGCCAUCAACGAGAGGCUGGUGGACCUCAUCAGCGCCUGCUACAGCGACUCGGGCAAGAUCGCCGGCACCCCAGCCGUGGACAUCCCCUACUCCUCCAAGACAGAUGAGUUCUGCACCUCCCGCAUUGAUAAAGACACGCUGAACAACUUUAAGUGUGGGGCGGACUUUCUUCCAGCUCCGCUGGCCAGUAAGCCAGAGUUUGCCCUGCAGGCGGAGGUGGUCAUCACCAGGACGGGCAUACUGACCGCUGUGGCCGUCGCCGUGGAGAACGACCACACUAUCGCCUUCCUGGGGAACAGCCUGGGAGAGGUGUACAAGGUGCAUCUGACCACCAACCCAGAGGUGUACAGCAGAGGACCAGGGGACACCACAGGGGAACGAGUCAACAAAAACCUCUUCUUCGACGCCGGCCACAGCCACCUGUAUAUCACCACCGAGAAAAAGAUCACCAAGGUGCCAGUGCAGGCGUGCCAUGUGAAAACAGACUGCCAGUCCUGUGUGUCCACACGAGACCCCUACUGUGGCUGGUGUGUUCUGGAGGGCAGGUGUACCAGGAGGUCUUCCUGCCGGCGGGCGGAGGAGAAGAACGGCUGGUUGUGGAGCCCCAAGCAGCAGUGUGUGAAGAUCGUGUCCUUCCACCCACCCAACCUCAGCUGCAGAAAGACCCAGCAGGUGGAGAUCAACGUGCCCUCCCUCCCCUCCGUCGGGCAGGCAGACCGCCUGCACUGUGUGUUCCCCUCCUAUAUGAGUGAUGCCACCAUGUCCUCUGGCCAGGUCACCUGUGCCCUGCCCAACCCUGUCUCUUUACCAUCCACACCUGAACACCAGGAUUUUGUGUCGGUGCCCAUUAAGAUCUUUGUGAAUGAGUCUGUGGAGCUGGCCACCAGGGAGUUCAAGUUCUACAACUGUUCAGCCACUGUGAGGAAAGCAGAAAACACACCGUGUAUGUCGUGUGUGGCCAGUCCAUGGGGCUGCCAGUGGAACACCCAGGAACACACCUGCCAGGACGUGGAUGGCACUGUGCUGGGCCCUCAAAUCAUCAAACACAGACAGGGAGCGAGGUGUCCCCAGUUUGAGAACCCUGACCCUGUACUCAUUCCUGUUGGAUUCAAGACCACCAUCAGCUUCGAGGGCAUCAAUCUGGAUGUGUACCAGGACCGGACCUUCACCAUCGGCACAGAGCUGAUGAGGAACUUGAAGGAGGACGUCAGGUUUGAAGACGGGCCCUUCUACAGUUUCAGCGGUUUUAAUUUUUCCUUCGAUAAGUCACAGGAAACCAACGUUCUGUUCUACGUGAAGGACAAAGAGACGGGCAAGAAGAUAGACAGCACGCUGAAUGUGACCCUAUAUAACUGCUCGCUGGGCCGGGAGGAUUGCAGCCUGUGUAAGAAUGCUGCUCCUAAGUACAAUUGUGUGUGGUGCGCCAAGAGAAAGUCCUGCGUCUAUGAGAAGCUGUGUAUUGACCAGGCCACAGAGGACCCGCAGGACACAGAGUGCCCUGACCCACAGAUCACUGACAUCAUCCCUCGCUACGGUCCCGUGAAGGGGGGCAUCUCUGUCACCAUCAAGGGCUCCAACCUGGGCAUCCACAAGGAGGACAUCAAGGCCGUCAGUGUGGUGGGGGUCCCCUGCAUACACCAGGAGGACAGAUACGCUGUCUCCACCAGUGUGGUGUGUGAGAUCGGCCCCUUGGACCCGCUGAGCACCAACUGGGGGCCGGUGGAGGUGGAGCUGGAGGGGGGGAAGAGAGGAACGUCUUCGGUUUUCUUCACAUACCGGGACCCCAUAGCCAGCUCGGUUCACCCCGACAAGGGCUCCAAGGCCGGGGGCAUGGUCGUCACCAUAUCUGGCUCCAACCUGGACACAGCCACCAGGGAGGACAUCACCGUCACCGUCGGCGGGGUGGUGUGCAUUGUGGAGACAUUUGGUGCGAACAUCACCUGCAGGAUGGGAGAGUACCGGGCAGACAAGGUCCCCUCUGACCUGCUCAUGGUCACGGUAAAGUACGGGAAGAAUAGCACCACGGCCGUCCCCACAGCCUUCCAGUUCUUGGAGAACCCCACCAUCCUGGACCACCACCCCAAGGGAAGCUUUGUGUGUGGUGGAAGGACCAUCGUGGUGACAGGAUCCGGGUUUGGCCUCAUCCAGAACGCCAUUAUGAGGGUCCGGGCCUCGGCAGACGAGUGGUCCGGCAUGAGUCCUACUGAGUACCUCCAGGAGGCUCUGAAUAAGAACGACACGGUUCUCCAGUUCCUGUCCCCUGCCGUCAACAGGUCCUAUGAGACCCAGGUGUUCAGGACCUUCAUCCAGCUGGACAACUGGGUGAGGGAGCUCAAGCCCUUCGACUACCACCCCGAUCCCGCCUUCGACUCCCUCACCAAGAAGAUCAUCACCGAGACCUCCAUCAUCAUCGUCACUGGCCGAGGCUUCUCCAAGGCCAUGACAGCCAAGGAGGCCCAGGCGUUUGUGGGGGACAUCCCCUACUUUGUCAACACCCUACAAGAUGACAAGCUGUUUCUGGACCCCCCAUCCAGCCAGCCCCGGGCCCUCUCCAAACACCACCGCAGACGCAGAGACACCAGCUCCGACCCAUUGGACCUGCUUAUUAAGUUUGGGAAUGGAGAGUGGGUGGUGGGCUCUGUGCACUACGAGAGGAAGAAUGAGGUCUCUCUCUUAAUCAUCCCUGCAGUCAUCGUCCCCAUGCUGCUCAUCAUCCUCAUUUCUGUCUACUGCUACAGGAGGAAGAGCCAGCAGGCUGAGAGAGAGUAUGAGAAGGUGAAACACCAGCUGGAGAAUUUGGAGGAGAGUGUACGAGACCGCUGCAAGAAAGAGUUCACAGACCUGAUGAUAGAGAUGGAGGACCAUACCAACGACCUAAGCGAGGGGCGAAUCCCCUUCCUGGACUAUAAGACCUACACAGACCGCGUCUUCUUCCUGCCCUCCAAGGACGGGGCAAAUGAUGUGAUGAUCACAGGCAAGCUGGACAUCCCUGAGUCACGGAAGGCCAUCGUGGCCCAGGCCCUCAACCAGUUCUCCAACCUGCUCAACUCCAAGACUUUCCUCAUCAACUUCAUCAAGACUCUGGAGGGCCGUCCAGACUUCAACGCCCGGGCCAAGGUGUACUUCGCCUCCCUGCUGACGGUGGCUCUGCACGGGAAGCUGGAGUACUACACUGACAUCAUGAGGACCCUGCUGCUGGAGCUCAUGGGGAACUACGUCGACAGCAAGAACCCCAAACUCAUGCUGCGCAGGUCGGAGACCGUUGUAGAGAGGAUGCUGUGUAAUUGGAUGUCCAUCUGUCUUUACCAGUUCCUCAAGGACUCUGCAGGGGAGCCCUUGUACAAACUGUUCCGAGCCAUCAAGCACCAGAUCGAGAAAGGUCCAGUAGACGCCAGAGUGAAGAAGGCCAAGUACACCCUGAACGACACUGGCCUGCUGGGAGACGACGUGGAGUACUGCGUCCUGACUCUGCAGGUGCUGGUGCACGGGGAGGGGCCAGACGUGACGCCCGUCAAGGUGUUGAACUGCGACACGGUGUCCCAGGUGAAGGAGAAGAUCAUCGAGGCGGUGUACAGGAACCUGCCCUACUCUCAGAGACCCAAGGUGGACAGCGUCACUCUGGAGUGGCGCCCUGGCUCCACGGGGCAGAUCCUGUCAGACCUGGACCUGACGUCCCAGAAGGAGGGCAGGUGGAGGCGCAUCAACACGCUGGCCCACUACAACGUGCGAGACAACGCUACUCUAGUCCUGUCCCGGGUUGUUCACACUCAACAGAACUACGACCAGAACCAGGAUAACCAAGAGGAGAGAAACUCUUUGUUGGACGACGACAAGGUGUUCCAUCUGGUUCGGCCUGAUGAGCUGGAUGAGAUGAAGUCUAAGAGGGGCAGCAUGAAGGACAAGUCCAUGACCAAAGCCAUCACUGAGAUAUAUCUCACACGAUUGCUCUCUGUCAAGGGAACACUGCAGCAGUUUGUGGAUGACUUCUUCCGCAGCGUGUUGUGUUCCGGGGCGGUGGUGCCGCCCGCCGUCAAGUACUUCUUUGACUUCCUGGACGAGCAGGCGCUCAAACAUGAAAACGUGGACGAGGAGACCAUCCACAUCUGGAAGACCAACAGUUUGCCUCUGAGGUUCUGGGUGAACAUCCUGAAGAACCCUCACUUCAUCUUCGACGUCCACGUGACGGAGGUGGUGGAUGCGUCGCUAUCCGUCAUUGCUCAAACCUUCAUGGAUGCCUGCACCAAGAGUGAGCACAAACUCAGCAGGGACUCUCCAAGUAACAAACUACUCUAUGCAAAGGAGAUCUCCACCUACAAGAAGAUGGUUGAUGAUUACUACAAGGGCAUCAGACAGAUGGUAUCAGUCAGCGACCAGGACAUGAACACUCAUCUGGCAGAGGUGUCUCGGACACAUACAGACAAACUCAACAUACAAGUGGCUCUGUAUCAGCUCUACCAGUACGCGAGCAAAUACUACGACGGGAUCAUCCAGUCCCUAGAUGAGGACCCAGCAGCCCAGAGUAAACAGCUCACCCUGCGGCUGCAGCAGAUAGCAGCCGCCCUGGAGAACAAAGUGACAGAUCUCUAACCUACUGGAGGGGCCAGGGAGAUGGAGGGGCCAGGGAGAUGAAGGGGCCAGGGAGAUGGAGGGAGGGAGAUGGAGGGAGGGAGAUGGAGGGGCCAGGGAGAUGGAGGGGCCAGGGAGAUGGAGGGAGGGAGAUGGUACCGUGCCUCCAGUGUCCACAGGGGCUUAUUUCUCCUGGCAAAGGAGAGAGAAACCGAGAAGAUGGCCUCACAGGGCCUUGAUGUUGAUGAUGUCACCUUCAACCCAGCAGGCCCAGAAUGUGGGACAGUUUAGAGUCUGCGGAGUGGCGCAGUAUGGGACCAAUGAAGCAAAAAGAGAGAGAUAGAUGAGGAUGGGUUACACAUGCCGUCAUAGGUACGCCUUAACUUAAGUCCACUUGCGAAACUGAAAUAGGUGGUCCUCAUUGCUCACUCUGGCUGUUCCCACAAUGCAACAGGGGGCCAGCCGCCGGAAAUAAGCCCCUGUGUCGAUCAUUCAUGGCACGCAGAGAUAAUCAGAUGUUCAAUUUAUUCCUGUCUAGAAAAGUUGUAAGAAUUGUAUUAUAUAUAUUUUUUAUUGUGCAGUCUUAAUGCGGAAAGCUUUACGAGGAGAUAUUAUCUUUUUAAAUGGACCGCACUGUGGUGUGGAUUGUGUUUCUAUAGCCAGUGUGUGAAUGUUGGUUUGGGUGCAUGUGUGCGUGCACGGGAUGCCUACUGUCAGGCCAGAGGGUGGAUGCCCUAUCUGUCAUUUUAAUCUCCACUAGUCACCGACACACAGGAACCUGUUCUCCCACUGAGCUCCUCUACACAGACCAAAGGGUCAUGCCUGGGACAGGCUAACUGACUGGGACAGGAUCUAAGAAAUGACAGGCCGUCAAUAGUGAUUUUUCAAAAUGAUCGGUUUUAUUUGUGUUUAGAAAAUGUGUUCAGAGCUCGAUCGAAUGUUGUGGCUGCCAAUACACCCUUAGGUCCUUACAUUCAGAUCAAUAACGCAUCUGUUUCCCCUUGUUGGAGUACAUACCAACACAUUCCACUGAAACUAAAGCACUGAAUAUAUUCAAGGGUAAAAAAAGGCUACUUUUGACAACCUUAGUUAGUUUUACCCUGCAGUCCCCCCCCGCCCCACCCGAUUCUGUGCAAGCAAAAUAACAGAUAAUUGAAUAUAUUUUGAAUAAUUCCUCUAUGUAGCCAGUCAAGCAUACAUAUUUAAUAACAGCCUUGCAAUAACAUCUAAACUUUCAGACACAAGCAAUGGGGAUCAUUCAUAUCCCACUCAUGUGUGUUACUUUAUAGAAUAUACCAUUUGUUGUUUACCAUUUCAUCUUCAGUAACGAUGCAGCAAUACUUUAUUUAGGACAUGAGUAAAAAUAUGCAGAGGUGGAAAUAGAAAUAAUAUGACAGUAGAUAUCGUACAGUAACCAACUUACUAAGUAAUAUGACCAUGAUGGUACAUGCUGUUAAUAGUGUUUUGUGUUUCCUUAUGCCGUUGUAUGCCAAAUUACCACUGUCAUAAUAUCCCAUAAUUAGUUACGCGUAAGCUUCAAACGGUACUAAAUAGAAUGGUACUCUUUUCAAUGAGUAAGGAUUUUUACAACAUGCAUUGGUAUGACGUGUCACAAGUCAGGUUAAUUCAUGGUCAUAAUAAUUCAUUGCAAUACAAAUUGAUAUGGCAUUCAAGUAGGCCAUAGUUGAGCUGGUGCCUGAUUAUAAUUUGGAGAAUUUUUGCCAAGUCAAAUCAGUUACAUUUUCAAUUUUCAUCUUUCACUCGUCCACAGAUUUGUCAUUUUCAAGCUCCCUGAAUUUGACCAUCAGUCAGUGUGUGGUCAAGAGUCAGAAUAGAUGUUUAAGUUCCAGACCCCAGAAUGUUAGUGAUAUUCCUGCCUUUGGUAGAGUGAGGUUUGCACAGAGCCUGUGCCUGCCUGUCUCCACAGCAGCUAGCCUGGCACCCUGGCCAAGCCGCACUUGGCACUGCCCACUCAGCACAGAACGGAGUGGCACACUGCAUAAUGGCAUCAGUGGGGGAUGUUUUUGCUCUUAAUUGCAUCCAGUCUGCAUCCAGUCUGUAUCCUCCUCCGACGCUGUUGUUUACCACAGCAGAUUCCACUCCUGACCGAGUGAUGCAAAAGCUUUUUUCAAGCCUUUCUUUAACCAAAACGUGCCUUAUAUGAUGAUAAUAAUAUCAUUUGUAUUGUUUUAUUGGUGAUUAUAACUAAGCGAUUAUAGUAAUAGAAGACACAGCAAUGUAUUUGCGAUUGUGGUAUGUAUGUGCUAUCAAAUGCUACAGUUCUGCUGCAGCCAUUGCGUGCCAAUAGGCUGAAAACAUUUCAGUAUACUUUCUAUGGUUGCAGAUUUGAUGUGUGCAUUUAUUUUGGGUGUCAGUGGUGUGUGUGUUUUAGUAGGAUCAUGAUGGCUAUGGCAACAGCCCAAAUAAGUGUAAAGCAGUAGCCAACCCCAAACGGUUUCGCCCUAAAAUGUCUGGCAUUCCUAAAUUAGUCUUAAGACAAAGUUACAAAUGUAGAAUAUUGAGUAUAGCACAAAUUGUUCCAAUGGUGUUUUUGCCCCGUGAUUCUAAGCUGUUCCUCUGUGUGUAUGAAAAACGACUAUCUAUACUCGACAAUGACCUUUCUUACUGCUGUGCAGUAAUUAUUUUAAUUUCUCGUUUCCUAUAACAUAUACCUUUGUAAAAAGACAACAUGUUGAAAUACCGUAUUCUAACUGUAUAAUCCUAUGCAUUGAGUCCCGGGGGAAGAAAAAAAAAAAUUGUUGUGCUGUUGUCGAGAUCUUUCCUUUCCUUGUGAACGUGCCGUGACUUAAGAAAAAUGGGACAGGAAAUUAGUGCAGGACCUUAAUGAAACCCAACGUUUUUCUCAUCCAAGGCAGCUCAGAAGACGUCGAUCACGUUACCUGAUCUGUUUGUAAUGGAUCACUCACUUCUCAAGAGGCUUGUGUGGAUGGGGCAAUUACAUACAGGUUGCAUCAUCCACCCCUCCAUGAAUAAACUGAGACAUCCAUG